AUGUCGACGUUACUCUCACGCGCGGCUCUACGCCAUGCGUCUCUGCAGACAGCGGCACGAAGCUCGAGUCGAUCAUCGCCUUCCUUAGUAUCAGUGCGCUAUGCCAGCUCAGGAGCGCCGCGACGGAGAGGGGGCAGGUUGAUAGGCCUAUUUGCCAUCGGAGCCGUUUCUGCUGCUGCAGUCUAUUCAUAUCCGCUGUUGGUCAACAAUGAAACGAAGAAGCCCGAACCGAUCAUUCCGCAGGCCGAGAUUGAGUUUGAGAAGAAGAGAAAGACUCCAGUGUCGAAGGAAGACAAUCGGGGCCUAAUCAGCUCACAACAUAUACAAGUCAAACAGAGCUGGGAGAACCCAGGCCUCUAUGCAUGGGGCUCCAACACGGGGAAGGUCGUAGCGCCGGAAUCGAACGAGACUAUCGUCAAAACACCACGGAGAAUUCCUUACUUUGACGGGCAGAUCCUUCGUGAUGUCAAGCUUGACAGAGAGUUUGGCGCCGCGGUCACAGAGAAUGGAGACCUGGUGCAAUGGGGCACUGGCUUCUCUUCCACGACGCCUACACCAACGGUCACUCUGAAAGGGAAGGAUAUCACUAAGCUCGCUAUUUCUCGGGACAGAAUACUGGCCCUCUCAUCUGGUGGCUCCGUCUAUUCAAUUCCUGUCUCUCAAAAAGACCAGGAAACAGGUGUCAAGGAAGAUCAGAGCUCUUGGGUUCCCUUUUGGUCUGGUCCUGCGCCGAUCAGCUACCGCACGAUCAGCCCCAAGGGCCUCGGUAUGGGCGAGAGGGUCAUUGAUGUCAGAAGUGGUUUGGAACACGCACUACUUUUGACAUCCAAAGGGCGAGUAUUUGCUGCAGCAUCUAGCAGCCAAGACUUCCCUUCUAAAGGUCAAUUGGGCAUUCCAGGCUUGACAUGGUCCACCCGCCCGAAAGGACCAUAUGAUCAACCGUAUGAGAUCGAUGCGCUCAAAGGCUUCAGGAUUAAGAUGAUUGCUGCCGGCGAUUACCAUUCGCUUGCUCUCGAUGAUCAGGGCAGAGUCUUCUCUUUUGGAGACAACUCGACCGGCCAGCUAGGGUUCUCUACCCAAGUCGACACCCCGGCCAUUGACACUCCGUCACUUCUACCUUUCACAAAGCUCUACCAGGGAACAAGUCUAGUUCCCAAGGUAACCUCAAUAGCAGCCGGAGGAGCAAAUUCAUACUUCACGGUUGACGCUACCCAGGUUGCCAGCCAAGGCGUCUCUGACCAAGUAGCACCAGCUCGUGACCUAGGCAAGGUUGUGGCGGACACUUGGGCAUGCGGUGAAGGCAUAUACGGUAGCCUCGGCACCGGCAAAUGGACGCACAUCUCGAGCGCCCCUACCAAGAUUGCUUCUUUGUCCAACCUGUUCGAGUGGGACGAGAAGAACAACAAGGUCAUCCCGAUCCGUCUAUCGCACCUUUCCGUUGGCAGCACCCACGCAGCCGCUGUUAUGGACAACGUCACCAAUCUCGCCGCUUCGUCAAAGACAUCAGAGCACGAUACGAACUGGGGCGCAGACAUCGUCUGGUGGGGCGGAAACGAGCACUACCAGCUGGGGACAGGGAAGCGCAACAACGUCAACACACCAACCUACAUUGGCCCGUUGGACGGAGGAGUCGCCGAUGCGCAAAAGGGAAGAAGGGGGGAAGCCCAUCGAUUCCAGAUCACUCCGCGAACCACUGUUCAGCUGAGAGAGUGUGGUAAGGGCCGCAAAGUCAGCAUUGAACAACGAGUCGAAUGUGGACGGUUCGUCACUGCAGUGUAUUCUGGAGCAUGA